UUUGCUCAGUCUUUACUCAAACCAUUACUUGCACGCUCCAGCCGGUUCAGGGAGAUAAUAGGUGUGUCUCCUGCAUCCAGUCUCUCCUCAUCCUGACCUUUGCCAUGGCUAAGUUGAAGAUCACGAGCUUCUUCAUGGUGGUGGUCCUCACAUCGGGUCUUUCAGUGCUGCAUUUCUGGGAUGACUUCCAGAAGGGGUUCACCUAUGGCAAGAAGGACAACAUAGGGACAUCAGGGCAAACCCACACUACUGGAGUUCACGUAGAUGCUAACCCGAGACUGUCCAUUGGUAAAAACAAAGAGGUGCUUCCUUUGUGUCCCAUGACCUCUCCUCUCAUAGGUGGGCCGAUUAACGUGCUCUUCCCUGAAAAUGUCACCUUUGCCAAGGUUGAGCAAAAAUACCCACAGGUGGAACUCGGAGGACACUACCGCCCGCAUGACUGCCGAGCGAGGCACCGCACGGCCAUUAUCAUCCCACACAGAUAUCGCGAGGACCACCUAAAGAUCUUGCUCUACAACCUGCAUCCUUUCCUGCAGCGGCAGCAGCUUGAUUACCGCGUCUACGUCAUUCACCAGGCUGGGAACUACACAUUUAACAAGGCCAGGCUGAUGAACGCCGGCUUCCGGGAGGCCAUGCAAGAGGAGGAAUGGGAGUGUAUCUUUUUCCAUGAUGUGGACCUCAUACCCGAGGAUGACCGCAACAACUACGUGUGCGGAUCCAAUCCCAAACACUUUUCUGUUGCAGUCAACAAGUUUGACUACAUACUUCCGUACAAAAAAUGCUUCGGAGGAGUGACUGCUUUCACGCCUCUUCAAUACCGCAAAAUUAAUGGUUUUCCCAACAACUACUGGGGUUGGGGUGGCGAGGACGACGACAUCGGGCUCAGGGUCUCUUUGGCGGGAAUGAGCGUCAUACGUCCGUCCCUGGAGGUGGGGCGCUACAAAAUGAUUGAACACAAGCGGGACAAAGGCAACAGAAAAAACAAGCAGAGGUACAAAUAUCUGUCCGAAACACCUGUGACGUGGAAGAAGGACGGGAUGAACACAGCAGAGUAUGAGGUCCUCUCCCGGGAGAACCUGCCCCUCUACACCAACAUCACAGUCAACAUCGGCACAAAAGACGGCCUGCAUCCACCCUCUGUGAUAUCGACACCCGUGGACCCUCAAACCACAGAGGCCAGCCAUGCUACCAAACCUGUGAAAUCAUAAAAGGAGCUAAUUAAAGGUCCACUAAGACAUGUUGUGAAUAUUAAAGACAUUUUAACUGAACAA